AUGAACGCCGCUCCUCCGUUGAUCACAACCACUGGUCCACAGCCCGUUCCUGCAACCUCGAUCGAGGCCAAACUCGUUGUGCUUGGGGCACAGGGCGUGGGCAAAACUUCGCUCGUUUCACGUUUCAUAAACCCGGGUGCACAGUUGGCCAAGAAUGUACAGUCGACCAUUGGAGCAUCCUUUGUAACCAAACGAAUCACCGACCCCGAUUCCUCAACCACCGUCCGAUUGCAAAUUUGGGACACUGCGGGACAAGAGAGGUUUCGCAGCAUAUCUCGGCUGUAUUAUCGAGGGGCAAAUGCGGGCCUCCUCUGUUACGACAUCACGAACGAGAGGAGCUGGGAAGAAAUGAAGACAUGGCUGGCCGAAAUGAAAGAAAACUGUGAAGAUGGCGAGGCAAUGCCCAUCAUCCAUGUGGUGGGGACUAAGAGCGACAUCGUGGCGGAUGAUCCCUCCAGCAGAGAGGUCACCUUUGAGAGGACGAUUGCCUACAUGGCCGAACAACUCGGAGGCGUCACUGCUGCCCAGAGUACGGCCUCAACGCCUCCUCUGACCAUGAAGCAUGGCAGUCUCACCAUUCAGAGCCCAGACUCAAAGCGCAGCUCGGGGUUUUGGAACCAGGAUGUUGGCUGGGACAGCUGCCAUGAAGUGAGUGCUAAGGACGGAGAAGGAAUCGAGGAGGUGUUCCGGGUUAUUGCCCGGAAAUUAAUCGAGCAGAAGCAUCAGAGGGACGCCGCCGAGUUGUCACGGUUACAACAGACAUCAGGCUAUCGCAACGAGCACGGUGAGGACUAUUUCGCCGCCAACCAUGGCCAUUCCGGAAGUUUCAGAGUUGGAUACGGUGACAAACGACGAAGCUGGCUCGGGUUACCAAGUGUUGGACUUGGCGAGUCGGAAGGCGGAGGAUCAGGCAUUGGAACGCGAGACCCUGAAGAGGCACGACGGAAAGGAAGAUGUUGCUGA